GUCGAGUUACUUUGGCCGGAAAGCCUCUCGGGUUGGAUUCAGGCAGGCAUCCACCACAAGUCAGUCCACGGAGCCGGAAAGCGAUCACGAUAUGGAAGAGAAUCGAGCUGAUAACCCACACAGGAAAGCUGGGGACGUGAUGUCUCAUUCGUUUGGGGAGGGGUACGCGACGCGGUGCGAGGAUGAUGGAUUUGGAGGGGUGUAUGGUGGAAACCAGACGGUUGCCAAAGCUGAUCAAGAACAGCUCAUCCAUGAGAACCACCCCUCUUAUGAUAAGACUCAGGGAAGUGAGGUUAAGGAGAAGGAGAAAGCUCGACACCAGAUCGAGCCUUCUGGCCGAGCCUUCAACUAGUUAGGCCACCCCUGU